GGACGCAACCGCUUCGAAUUUUGAACGCGGAACGUUAACCGUUCCAUUUUCAAAUAUUUUAAUUAUAUUUUUUAGUCCUUUUAAUUUUCGUACAAAGUGCCAGUGACACGAACUUAUUUAAGGAUUUUGUGCCUGUGUAUUAUUUGUUGUCUAUAUUUUAGACAGAUUCUUGGUGCUAAUAUUCGCUGGCUGUGCAGCGUACAAUGUAAAAAUCCGAACAAAUCGACCGAGUUAACUGUGAAUUGAAAUUGUGCUAUAAUAACUGUCUAUAACGUGCAUAGUGGUUUACGCGUCAUCACCAAAAACUGGGAUAAUUACAGUGAAGUGUAUUGAAACACGGAUAUUGGACCGUGAUCAUCAAUUUGGCGGUAUAGCCUUGAUGUCAGUCCGCUCCAAGAAUAAUGGAUAGUAACAGUAGAUCGGCGUCCCCGCGAGACCCUCCGAGACCCCAGCACCGACCACCGUCCCCGCCUUCGCCAACUGCCUUCGACAACCGCGCUUACCAGCACGACGAGUCAGACCCAAACCACAAUGAUUCUUUCACUUCUAAUGGCCCACAACAAAAUGGUCACACCAAGGAACCAAACGGCGACACCAAAACAUUGGAAGCGGUGAAUCUUGAACUGAUAAACUUAACUCCCAAGAAUGGAAACGCUAAGAAAAAAGACGUGGAGGUCGAUAUGAGUACCACAAAUCCAUAUGAUGAAUAUUUCGUUCCGGUCAACGAGCACAGGAAAUAUAUGAGAGGCGAGAAACUCUACGUAACAGCGGAUAAACGUGGCGAAAAAGGAGGUUGCAAGCGACCACUGUGCUGGACCCUGCUGGCGUUAGUGGUCGCCGCCAUUAUCGCCUUGAUUGUACUGGCAGCAACCGGAAUACUGUUUACGAACUCGCCUACGACAUUAGAGCAAUACAAUUCAUCGGUCAGCUCCGCGCGCGCGUUGGGCGGCAUUACCGUCGAUGACGACCAUCAUGACCAUGACCACAGUCACGAUGACGGCCACGACCACCAGCACGACCACAACAUGGACACGAUGACCCAGCACCAACACGGACCAGAGACGCAGAGCGACGAAAGUCAUCAUCACACUGUUGGGUCGGAAGAGUCAACUGAUAUGUCUAUGUAUGUACCAAAAACUGUGGAAGGUGAACUCAGGAUCGAUAACGAAGAGUUCACUGAUGCUAUGCGCGAUCCUGAAAGUCCUGAGUACCAACAAUUCACCAGGACCUUUAGUGACGCUCUGAAGAGGUCGCUUUUCGACAGGAACACUUUGGAGCAAGGCGAUAAUGAUAUCACUGUAGAAGUUGUCGGUGUAAGAGAGGGUUCGCUGAUAGUAACCUACAGGAUUCAUUGGAAACCGAAGUCUAUGGAUCGUGAAACUGCUACAGAAUUGUUAACGGCCGAAUCACUGAAAUCUAGCCUCGAUGACUACCUAGACAGAAAUAACAGGAUGAUAAACGUCUACCAUAUCGCCGAAGAAAAAAUAGCCACAAGAUUUGUUCUUGAUCUGUGCAAAGUUUCGAACUACGACUGUCAAUACAAAUGCGAGUUCGACGAAACUACUCUUGAUUUCACUUGCACGUGUCCACAUGGCCAAAUGUUAGAUAUAAUGAAUUCAAAAAAUUGUGUGCAUUUCCUAGAACAGUCAGUAAAUACCAAUACAGAAGAAAAACAACAAAAUGAAAACGAAAGCUCACAAGAAAAUGAAUUCAAAGUUCUAAGAAUUGGAGAGAAUUCAAGUUCCAGUAAACCAGUUUCUAUACCAGAAGAAGAAAAACCAAAUACUGAGUCGGUACAUGUUGUCGAAAAUGGAAACUUUGAUUGGAAAGAAUCUCAUCACUUCAUUCCAGAAACAACCACAGAAUCUGACACUGAUAUUAACUUUUCGCAUGUAUUUGGUAAAUCGAACGAAGAAGACAACGAACAAACUCCAAAACCAGAACCGGAACCUACCUCUGAGCAAGAAAUGGACUCUGUUCCUAAAGUAAUUCCUACAGAAAAAUCUGACCCUGAAUCAAUACCAGAACCAGAACCAACAGCAGAACCUCAACCUGCUCCAGAGCCACAACCAGACGCAGAACCACAGCCGGCAGCAGAACCAACAGCAGAGCCGGCUGCGGAACCAGCAGCAGAGCCGGCUGCGGAACCAACAGCAGAGCCGGCUGCAGAACCAACAGCAGAGCCGGCUGCGGAACCAACUGCAGAGCCUCCACCAGAACCAACGGUAGAGCCGGCUGCAGAACCAACCGCCGAGCCAGCUGCAGAGCCAAGUGCAGAGCCUGAACCAGCUGUAGAAUCUAUAGCAGAGUCAGAAUCUGCCAGAGAACGACAACCAUCAGAGCCGGCUCCAGAACCAGAGUCGAAUGCAGAAACAACAGCGGAAUCCGUACCUGAGCCAGAGCCAACUUCAGAGCCUAUAUCUAAUUCUGAACACACAGAAAGUACACCUCCGUCGGUACAACAUUAUCAAAAUAUACAUCUCGUAGCCGAACCUCAGCCACCUUCUGAACCACCGGCAGAACCUCUCCCAUCCACCAGAGAAAAUUCUGAUAUAAGAACAACUACUGACUCCUAUUUUAAUCCUGAAAAACAGCUAAUAUCUGAAAGGUCGACAGAACCUCAACACAAUAUAGAAAUACAAGUAGAAUCUGAAUCAAAACUGGAUACUGAAUCCAAACAUGAAUCUGAACAAAAUAUACUAGAGAAGGUGCAUGCUGAAGGAUCUAGUGAAAUGGAGAAUACUCUUGAAACAACAUCAAUGAGAGUCUCAAUAUCGGAGCCGAAUAUUAUAAAUGAACCGUCUUAUGAGCCAAAACCAGAAAUAAUUUCGAUUUUAAGUAACUCUAAUAAACAGAGUGAUUCAUCUACCUAUGAAUCAGGUGAUAAUAGUGAAGACUCAAGUAAUGAAGAUUGGUUAGAAAACGACAAUAAUGAGACUGUGUCUAAUCCUAUACAGAAUAUUAAUAAUAAAAUAAACGAAGAAUAUUUAACACAACAAAGAUCGUUAAAUUCUCUCGACGAGUUUGUUCAAGAAACAACAACUGCCAAAGAAAUAAUAAAUAAUAUUGAUGGAGAUAUUUCAUUUAAUGAUGUCAUUAGAAAGCAAGAAACUAUUGCACCUUACCAAACCAUUACAGGAAGUACUGACAACUAUACGGUAACAAUAACUCCUAUCAUUGAGAAGAAUGAAUACAGUAACCCUGAAGAUAAAGUAUUAAAUAAUAAUACAUUAACAGAAACGACCACAAUAGAAGCUAAUCACACCUUAUUGCACUCAAUUGACAACAAAGCGGAAAAUAAUUUAGAAAUAUCUGAAAAUGGAGAUUCUACGAAAAAAGCUGUAUUUGACCAAGCCAGACCAUUUAACUUUGAAGAAAAAGAGGACACUACAAGCUUAGAGCCAGAGCCAAUAACAGAGUAUUCAAUUAAAAACUAUCCUGCAGAAUCAGUGGAGGACAGAAACAUAUUGGAAGCUAAUAACAGAAAAUAUACGGAAUCAAAGGAAGUUUCAACAGAAAAAAAUAUACAAGAAGAUGAAUCUGACAUAACUUUUGAUAACAUAAAUACGCUGUACAAUCGCUCAUCUAAAUCAAUUGAAAAUCAAAACGCCAGUAGUUCAAAUGCUACUGAGUCCACUAAUCAUUUUCAUAAAGAUGUUACAACUACUGAUUCCGAUUGGUUAUCAGAAUCUGUCACAGAAGUUAAUUAUGAAGAAGCAGUAAAUAAAAUGAGUAAGCAUGAAACAACUGAAUCGAGUGUAAGUAGUAAAAUGGAUGAAAUAAUUAAUAGCGGUGUCACCAAAGAUGACUUCGAACCUGAUUAUUUAAAUAACAUGGGUUCGACGAGUACAAAAAAUGCAGAAUCUGAUGUUCCUGUCUAUGGUGUCAGACAAGAUUAUGAUAAUGAAGAUUCUCGAGUCAAAAGAGUAGAUAAUGAUAUGACAACUGAAUCCCUUUCUAAACAAGGUUCUACAGAAAACAUUAUUUUACAUAUACCUUUAAACAAUUCAACUCCAAUUAUACCUACAGAAACUACUACUAUAGGUGAAUACAUCUAUCAAGCAGCUGAAAAAAAUAUAGAUGAAACUCAAACUACCAAUGAGCCUCUGAUGAACGCUAAUGUUAAUCCUGCGCCGGUCUGGGAGGUAUCAGAAACUGCAAAUAGUACUAAUAGGAUACUGCCCGAAGAAAUUAAUAAUAAUACCACUAUAGAAAAUAAUCAAACAUUGUCAAUUAGCACAGAAACCUCAACGACGGUAGUAGUAAAUAUGGAAAAUAUGGAAAAUAGUGCGUACGAAAAAAAUCACAACAGUCAUAAUUCUACACAAGGAAAUAAUUUAGGCGUUCAAAUAUAUGAAAUAUCUAGUCAUGUUGGUAAUUAUUCAAAUACUGCCAAUCAAACGAAUGUUACACAUUCCGAUUCAGCUGAGUAUAAUGAUCAUGAGGUAGAGAUGAAUCCUUUCUUGCCAGAGGUAGAAAAUAAUAAACACCUUGUAAAAAAACUGCAAGAAGGUCACGAUUUGGAACCAAUAAAUUUAAAUGAGACUCAAAACGAAAAUAUCGACGAACAUAUCACAAACUCUUCAGAAAAACAUACUUCAACCAACAAUGAUAUGUUAUCGGUAGUAACAAAAAGUGAAACUGUAAGUACUACCACAGAGUCUGACGCAGCAAUUAAUGAGCUAAUGAAUAACGAACCUCGUGCUCAUAACAUAGAAGCAAAUAAAGAGGAAAUCAGUAAUAAUAAAUCAGAGUCGGGGCAUGAAAAUUUAUCAACAUUUUUACAAGAUACUGACGAUUUAGAUAUUUACGGAACCCAGAUUCCUGGAACUAAAAGUAUUGUAAAUGAAGUAAUUGAUAAUAUAACAAAUUCUACAACAUCCACUUUAGAAACAACGCAAACAGGAAGUGUCGAUUCAAAUGAUUACCUUAGUGUUGUUCCUAUACAACUCGAAAAAACAGAUGAAAGAGGAGCUCUUAAAAAGGAUUAUGAAAGUAAGAACCUGCAGGAGCUUAAUGAUAUUAGUGAUUCUCCAAAAAAAAGUGAUAAAAGGACAUUAGAUGUAACGAAGUUGGAUACAAUAACUAAGUAUGAUGCAUAGUAUAUUUCAAUUAAUGAGUAACUUUGUAUUAUAUUCUGAUCGUUUCCUGUGAUGCUGUCGAACAAAUUUUUAUCAAACAGACUUUUUAUACCAAUGUAUAAUAGAAACAAGUUAUUGAUUUUAAUUAGUUGGUUAAUCUUCGUAGGUAUAGACUCCAGCUACACUAUUAAUACAGUACCUACCAACUAAAGAAUAGUAAUUUAGAUUUUGUCAAUUGAUGACACUUAAUUUUAUUAGACUAGUCAAUCUAGAAAAGAGUCAUCAUCUCGAGGUUUUAGAUUUAUUUAUUGCUUCACAUAAUACCUAUGUAGGUACACAAAAUAGUAUUAGAUAUUUCCGAAUGUUAAUACUGCAUACAGAAAGAUAUAUGCACUCCAAAAUAUCCUAUUAUAAAUUGUUACCAUAGCUAAAUGUAUUAUAAUAAUUAUUUUAACAAAAUUUAUUCCUGAUUGGAGAAUUCAAUUUAUGUUAUAAUGUAUUACAUAAAAUUUAUAUUUUCUCGUGAAUAAUGAAAAUAUUUUCUGCCAUGCCGUAUUGUGAUAAACUCGCAAAUAAUAACUACAUUCCAAUCGUACUUAAAUAUCUUAACUUAGUGAUAUGCAUAAGUGAGGUCUGAUUGUAAAAUAAUAUUAUGUAGUAUUUGUUAACUAAGAUAUAUUUUGUAUAAAUGGUUGAAAUUGUAAAGAAUUACUUUGUAAAUAAAUAUAAAAGUAUAAUAAUUAUAAAA